AUGGCACCCUCAAAAAUCCCGGAAACAGAGAUUGACAGAGUCCUAUCUUAUGUUCAACCCUUCAUAAGCCAACACCUCGAUGCGCAAUCAUCCAUACCAACCAAACGCCCCUUCGUCCUUGGCCUAACCGGCCUCCAAGGAAGCGGCAAGUCUACAUGGACAGAUGCACUUGUGACAGCUUUACAGCAAAAAUUCAACUAUACCACUAUCAAUAUCUCUCUGGAUGAUCUAUAUCUCGACCACGACGAACUUGUCAAUCUUCGCACCAAUAAUCCAUCUAAUCAACUCCUGCAAGCACGAGGACAACCUGGGACACAUGAUAUUGCCCUUUCACUUGGCUUUUUUGAGAGUUUGAAGAAUUCUUCUGAAGAUACUUUGAUUCCAUCUUUUGAUAAGAGUCUGUUCAAUGGUGAAGGUGGCAGAGCGCCGCAUGAGUCUUGGCGACGUGUCCCUGCAGGCACGAGGGUUGAUGUUGUCGUGUUUGAAGGGUGGUGUGUCGGAUUUCAACCCUUGACAGACGAAGUCAUCCAAGAGCGCUGGAAUAAAGAGCUACAAGCUCAGACGACGAAGUAUCCGACUCAGACAUUGAAGGACCAUGCAAUUGAGCAUUUGUUGGAGGUGAACAGCAACUUACGACGAUAUUGUGAGAUGUUCGUGGGACCGCAACACUUUGACUACCUGAUUCACCUUGAUACAGAUGAUUUGGUGAAUGUGUACGAGUGGCGUAUCCAGCAAGAGCAUGCGCUUUGGCAGGUGAAGAAUCAGGGUAUGAAUGAUGAUGAGGUUGUCAGGUUCGUCAAGGGGUAUAUGCCUGCGUAUGAGCUAUAUCUUGAUCAAUUGCGAGGCGGCUUCUUCAAAGCCCAUGAGGGCGGCAAGGAGAAGGGACAAUUGAGUGUGAUACUAGACAAGGAGCGGAAGAUUGUGAAAACGGCGGAUAUCUCAUAG